GGGGCCCGAGGUUCCUCUAUAAAGGGCCGAGGAGGCACCUCGCUGCCAGGUUUACCCUGCCCCACGCACACGUGCAGUCCCGGACAGGAGGCGAAGUCCGGCGUGAAGCAGCGUCCCAAAGAGAGGGAAAGAGGAGUCGACGGGCGGGGGAAGGCCGAAAGCAAGGUGCUUGGUGCCUGACUCUGAGGCAAAGUCCACGCCCGGCCAGGUGCGCCGCUUAAACACGCGCGCGCCGCCUCCACCUGCGAGAGGGAAGAAAAAGGGCUCGAACUCGGCUCUCCGGCCGCUGCUUACUCACCUCGCGGCCCCCGGACCCUCCAUGAGCGCCGCCACCCUGGACUGCCUGGACUCGCUGUCGUGCUACAGGAGCUGGUCCUCCCUGGAGCCCGCCAAUUUCUACGACGCCAAGGGCGGCGGCGCGCUGAGCCCUUCGUGCAAGGCGGGCAGCAUGAGCGCCAGCGCUGAGGAGGUUUCGUCAGCAGCGCCCGGCGGCAGCCGCGACCUGGCCGAGCUGAGCGCCGCCGCGCCGGCCAUGUACGAGGACGAGAGCGCCAUCGACUUUAGCUCCUACAUCGACUCCAUGGCGGCCGUGCCCAACCUGGAGCUGUGCAACGACGAGCUGUUCGCCGACCUCUUCAACAGCAACCACAAGGGCAGCGAGCGCGGAGCAAGCAGCAGCGCCGCCGCCUACGGGGACUACCUGCCGCCGCCACCGCCUCCGGCUCAGCAUGCGCCCGCGGGCGGCGCCUUGGCCAGCCUGCUGCACGCCAGCGUCCCGCCGGGCCCGCUGCGCGGCGCCGUCAAGCAGGAGCCCGACUGGGGUGACGAGGCGUCGGGCUCGGGCUCGCUGCUGCCCUCUCAGAUCGCCACCUGCGCCCAGACCAUCGUCAACCUGAGCGGGCAGCCCACGCCGCCCACCUCUCCGGAGCCUCCGGGCAGCGCCUCGCCGUCCAGUUACAGCAGCCGCUCGUCCGGGUCGUCGUCGUCGGGGGGCGGCAAGGAGCGCGUCGCCAAGAAGUGCGUGGACAGGUUCAGCCCGGAGUACCGGCAGCGGCGGGAGCGCAACAACAUCGCCGUGCGUAAGAGCCGCGACAAAGCCAAGCGCCGCAACCAGGAGAUGCAGCAGAAGGUGGUGGAGCUGUCGGCCGAGAACGAGCGGCUGCACAAGAAGUGCGAGCAGCUCACCAGGGACCUCACCAGCCUCAGGCACUUCUUCAAGCAGCUGCCCAACAACCCUUUCCUGCAGGCGGCCGCGGCCACGGACUGCCGGUAGCCGGCUGCAGAGGGAGCCGCCCCCCGGGCUGGCUCUGCCAGACUUUGAACUUUUCCAGAAUACCUCAGAGCGAGCCGCACAGGACUGCAGGGGGGGCUGCGCGGGAGGGAGGGGUCGGGGGGGGGCUGCGGGGAGGAGAGGCCUGCGGCGCCCCGGACUGGGCCAAAGGGCGCCUUUCCCCUCUCCGGACUUCAGCCUAAGCUACAAGGCCGGAAAGAAACUCCUGUGAAAAUUAGUUGCCUUUCACGUUUCUUUCUUCGAACAUGGGCUAAGCUUGGGUCUUUUAACCACAAAACUUGCCAAAAUAAGGGUGAAAGAAAAAGCUAAAUGUCUCCUUUUAUCUUCCUAAAUUAUUUUUGUAAUGAUAGUUUUCGUUUUUUCUACAUCUUUCUUAUACAGAUGCAGCUACGGUACUUUGUAAGAAGCACAUGAUUUGCUAACACUUUUUAUUGUAAACAGCAAAAGGGGGGGGGAAUAGACUGAGCAUGCUCAAAACUUUUAUAUAAAUUUUUACAGCAUUUCUAAAAAUAAAACUUUUGAAUUUUA